GUCGCUGCAGCCGCUGAGACUCCAGCAGGCCGCUGUCGCCGCCGCCACCGCCGCCGUUGCCGCCGCCGCCGCCAUGGCUCAGUACAAGGGCGCCGCGAGCGAGGCGGGCCGCGCCAUGCACCUGAUGAAGAAGCGGGAGAAGCAGCGCGAGCAGAUGGAGCAGAUGAAGCAACGGAUUGCUGAGGAGAACAUAAUGAAAUCUAACAUCGACAAGAAGUUCUCUGCGCACUAUGACGCCGUGGAGGCGGAGCUCAAGUCCAGCACCGUCGGUCUCGUGACCCUGAAUGAUAUGAAGGCCAAGCAGGAGGCACUGGUGAAGGAGAGGGAGAAGCAGCUGGCCAAGAAAGAGCAGUCGAAGGAGCUGCAAUUGAAGCUGGAGAAGCUGCGAGAGAAGGAGCGCAAGAAAGAGGCCAAGCGGAAGAUCUCCAGCCUGUCCUUCACCCUGGAGGAAGACGAGGGAGCGGGUGACGACGAGGAGGAGGAGGCGGAGGAGGAGCUGGAGAGGGAAGAGAUCACCCCAAAGAAGAGGAAGUUGGGGAAGAACCCAGAUGUGGACACAAGCUUCCUGCCUGACCGAGACCGUGAGGAAGAGGAGAACCGGCUCCGGGAAGAGCUGCGGCAGGAGUGGGAAGCCAAGCAGGAGAAGAUCAAGAGUGAGGAGAUCGAAAUCACCUUCAGUUACUGGGAUGGCUCUGGGCACCGGCGCACAGUCAAGAUGAAAAAGGGCAACACGAUGCAGCAGUUCCUGCAGAAGGCACUCGAAAUCCUGCGCAAAGACUUCAGCGAGCUCAGGUCGGCGGGGGUGGAGCAGCUCAUGUACAUCAAGGAGGACCUGAUCAUACCCCACCACCACAGCUUCUAUGACUUCAUCGUCACCAAGGCCCGAGGGAAGAGCGGGCCACUCUUUAAUUUCGACGUUCACGAUGACGUGCGGCUACUCAGUGACGCGACUGUGGAGAAGGAUGAGUCGCACGCGGGUAAGGUCGUGCUGCGGAGCUGGUAUGAGAAGAACAAGCACAUCUUCCCCGCCAGCCGCUGGGAGCCCUACGACCCCGAGAAGAAGUGGGACAAGUACACGAUCCGGUGAAUGUGGACGCGCCUCCGGCUCCCUCCCGGGCCUCCGGACUCCCCGCGCUGCCCCCCACCGCCCCCUGCCCCCCUGUCGUCAUUUACUGUCUUUUUCUUUUAUGGUAAAUACACGCACGUGUCAGAGUUGGA